UAAAAGGCUUUCUUCUUUACUGUUAAUUUCGCCUGAUUGCUGUCGAAUACUUUGUUUCCGAAGAGUUAUAGCUAGAUAAAAAUAAUGCCUGUUCGACGAAUUAGAAGUGAUUCAGAAGAGGAGGAGGAGGAUCGAGCCAAUUUUAACUCCUCUACCGUAGCUAAUAAGCGUGCUACUUACGCUAAUGCUGACGACGAUUCCGAUACAAAGGAAGCUCAACAACCUCGACCCUCUAAACGUGCAAAGAUCACUAGCAACGAUAACGCUGAAGCUAGCAGUGAUGAAGUUGAUGAUCAAGAAGAAGAGACCGACGGUAUGGACGUAGAAAAUAUACCUCGCCAUUCCAUCAUUGAUGAUCCACCCAAGCCUUUAGAAUUUGGUGACGAUGGUUACGUUGAAGGGUCUAUUGUCAAGAUGAUUUUGGUCAACUUUGUCACUUAUGACUACUGUGAAAUAUUUCCUGGUCCUCAAAUGAAUAUGAUUAUUGGCCCCAACGGUACUGGUAAAUCCACAAUCGUAUGUGCUAUUGCCCUUGGGUUAGGAGGCAGCCCUAAUCUCUUGGGUAGAGCCAAAAAUGUCGCUGAAUUCGUUAAGACGGGUCAAGAUGAAGCUCAAAUAACCAUUGAACUUAAAAGGGUGAACUCACGUAAUGUGAUCCUUCAACGUACUCUCCGCAAAUCCAACAAUGCUACUUCUUGGCGACUCAAUGGCAAGCAAGCAACGCAAAAAGAAGUGUUUUCUCUUAUUCAGUCCUUCAAUAUUCAAGUCGAUAAUCUCUGUCAGUUUUUACCUCAAGAUCGUGUCGCUGAAUUUGCUGAACUGAGUCCUCCCCAAUUGCUGCAAAGAACACAAAUUGCCGCUGGUAAAUUUGAUCUAGCCGAUAUGCAGAAGCAAUUAAUGGAAUGGAGAAAUGAAGAGAAGCAACUGAGUAGGACGAAUUCUUCAGAUAUUGAUCAUUUGAAGACACUGAAAACACGUAAUUCAGAGUUAGAAAAAGAUGUGAGAAGGAGCGAAGAACUGAAGAAGAUUUACGAAACGGAAAAGGAAAAGACAAUCUGAACAAGCAAUGAUGGAAGCUACUGCAGAAAGAAAUGAUACAGUCAAGCAAUUCAAGAAUGCUACUCUUAAAGUUAAAGAAGUCAAUGAAAAAAUCAAUUCAAAGAGAAUGGAAAUUAGCACUAAAAGAAAGGAAAUAAUACAUCAACAAACGAAGCUUGCUCAAAGACAAGGAGAAAUUGAAAGGGCAGAGACAAAUAUUAGAUUUCUGGAAAAUCAAUUGCAAAAUAAGCCCAAUGGUGAUACGACCAAGAUCGAUGAAAAGAUUGUAAAAUAGGAGUCUAUCAUGAGUUAUCGUGCAGUAUCAUGAAGUGCUAAUAUAUUU